CUUUGAAGUCGCGGGAAAAAGGCUGUGCAGUUCAUGGCGACUUGCCGUCACAUCGCGGCACGGAGUCUUCACUUGAUGGAUUGUAUUGUAAAGGCGGCGAUCUGCUAUGUUGUCAAAGCUUCGUCGACGGGAAUACCGCAGAUUGUUGUUAUGCUGGAGUUGAAAAGUGAAGCUGAGCUGGAACAGCGUCUGACUCCGUGAGAACUGUUAUCCCAUAAUAACCGAAAGACGUAUUUCCUUUGCCGGUCAAUGCAAAUUUUGACACUAGGAAAACAUCGACACCACCAUGGAUUUCGACUUAUUCCUUGUGAACGACCUUCCCGAUCUUCCAACUUUCGACUCAAAUGCUCUGGAAAAUGAAAACGUGGAGGCUGUGUGCGUACCCCAGUAUGCACCGGGUUAUCUACGCUCUGUUCUACCGGCGGCACUUCCUAACGAUGGUGAAGCCUAUCGGAAGGUAUUGAAGGAAAUCAGGAAGUACAUCAGACCAAAGGCGAUACCAUGGCAAGGUGCUAACUACUUUGCCGAUCUGCCAACCAGCCAACACUACACCAGUGUCAUGAGUGAUAUGAUCUCUGACUCAAUUGGACGUGGGAAACAUUCCUGGAUCCAUAGUAAUGCAGCUGAUGAUCUUGAAGAGAUUAUGUUGGACUGGCUAGCAAAGAUGCUUGGCUUACCAGUGGAGUUUCAUUUUUGUGACUCAAGGGGCAAGGAGACCGGUGGUGGAGGAGUUAUACAGGGUGGAUUGACCACUGCCACAUCCUCUACCAUACUGGCAAGCAUGCAGAAAGCACUGCUGCAUCUUGAUAAGGAGUUCCCUGAAACAAGUGAAGGAGAGGAUUUCUCUCGCAUGGUGGCGUAUUGCUCAGAUAAGGUGGUGUCUUUGUAUGCACCACGUAUUACGAUACGUCCAGUGGAUAGCGACUUGAAAAGAGCUCUACAAGGACGUGCUCUUGAAGCUGCGAUUGAGCGAGAUCGAGAGGAUGGACUUUUCCCCAUUUAUGUCAUGGUGGAACUUGGAUCAGGACCAGGCUGCUUCUUUGAUAAUCUGAGCGAGAUUUCAAAAAUUGCAAAGAGAGAGAACCUAUGGCUGCAUGUCAAUGCUGGCUCAGUAGGCUCUGCUUUUGCUUGUCCAGAGUUCCGCAAAUCUCUAACAGGAAUUCAGAAUGUAGAUUCAUUUCAGUUCACACCCAACAAGACAAUGAUUCAGCUAUUUAAUGGAACAUGUUUGUGGGUGAAGUCUCUGCAAGAUUUCAGUGAGGUUUUCGGCUCUAAGCCGGCACCUUUCUUUCCAAGCAGAUUCUUGAAACAUGCUACUCCUUCCUAUGACCAUUUCAAACUAGUAAUUGAUCGGCGUUUCCUUGCGCUACAACUUUGGUUCAACCUGCGCAACUUCGGUGUAAAUGGUCUGCAGAGUGUACUACGUGAGAGACAUACCAAUGCCAAGCAACUUAUAAGUUAUCUUAGGAAUGACCGACGUCUGGAUGUUGUUUCUGAGCGGGGAUCGCCUCUUCGCGGUGAAGUUCUCUUCUACGUACUUGGUAACAGAAUGCUCACAGAGCUCUUACUGGAUAAGUUGAUGGCCACGCAUCCUGUUGCCAUGGAGAUAGAGGAGACCAGCGAUGAACUUGUCAUGAUAAAGGUGGAUAUUUUCGAGUAUCCUACCCUCGAAGACGUUGACCGCCUUUGGAAGCUGAUUUUCUCUUGCAUGAACAAACUACUACCUGAUGCAAAAAGGCGUGCAAGACUUCUCAUGUGAUGCUACCGCACCACAAGUAUGUGAGCAAACAACACUCAUCUUCUGCACCAAUAUUCUAUUUGAUCUCAUAAUAAUUAUUAACCCGAAUGCUGCAUGGGCAAUACGUGCCGCAGUGUGAAUAGUGAUCAUGCACCUUGGGUGGCUCCUCUGGCUAGCAUGGCUGAUGGAAAGUCAGCCCACCUUGGCCACGCAAUGUUCAUCAGCAUAACCCCAGUCGCAAAGCACAAGUAAGUGGAAUUGGACCGUUGUCCAAAAACUUUAGAACAGCUUGAUGCAUGCUGCAACACAGUCAGCAAGAGAAAGAGGCCGUGGGUGGAUUUGUUCUCGCUUUUGAUGGCUGUGACCAUCCUUUGGUGUGGCCAAUAAUGCGUUCAUGCUACAGUGUUUUCUUGCGCUGCCAGCUUUAUGCCCAGCGAGUGAAUGAGACCCGAUCCCUGGAAAGGCUCCAUUGGAGCCACACACCGGGUUUCCGUUAACCCAGUAAGGAUUCUAAUUUUUUCUUUGACAUGGCCGCAUAGGACUUCCCUGCAUGCAUUACACAGGGCUCUUUUGUAUCGUGAACUGCAAUAAGGAAAUGUUUGGAUAGUGCUAAGCCGAGCGUAACGUCAGGGUGUCCCUGCAUCUGACCUUAUCGCGUGUGAAGGCACAACUGAUUUUAUAUGAUUCUUUGAUGGGACCAGUACAGUGCAUACCUCUGAGGUUUUGAGCAAUUUAAAAAUAUUUGUAAACAUGCUUUCUCUGCGGCUAUGCAUUGCCACGGUUUCAUUCUUCAGACCUGAUACUUUUGAAUGGAUUGGCACA